GGAGCCGGUGGAACCGGACGACGGCCGGCAGGGGGGAAGGAGGCGGCCCUAGCGCCAUUUUGUGGGGACGAAGCGGUGGCCGGGCUGCCGUCGGGACCUUCCCUGCUCCGUGUCCGUGUCGGCGCUCCCCAGCCGCGGCUGAGCGGUAAGGAAAGAUGUCUGAGUACAUCCGAGUAACGGAAGAUGAGAAUGACGAGCCUAUUGAAAUCCCAUCCGAAGAUGACGGGACCGUGCUGCUGUCCACUGUAACCGCCCAGUUUCCAGGGGCGUGUGGGCUGCGCUACAGAAACCCGGUGUCUCAGUGUAUGAGAGGUGUCCGGCUGGUGGAAGGGAUUCUACAUGCCCCGGACGCUGGCUGGGGGAAUCUGGUGUAUGUUGUCAACUAUCCAAAAGAUAACAAAAGGAAAAUGGAUGAGACGGAUGCUUCAUCGGCAGUGAAGGUGAAAAGGGCAGUCCAGAAAACAUCAGAUCUAAUCGUGCUGGGCCUCCCGUGGGAAACAACCGAACAGGAUCUCAAAGAGUAUUUUAGUACCUUCGGAGAAGUUCUCAUGGUGCAGGUCAAGAAAGACAUAAAAACUGGUCAUUCAAAAGGAUUUGGCUUUGUUCGCUUUACGGACUACGAAACGCAAGUGAAAGUGAUGUCCCAGCGACAUAUGAUAGACGGGCGAUGGUGUGACUGCAAGCUCCCCAACUCUAAGCAAAGCCUAGAUGAGCCAUUGAGAAGCAGAAAGGUGUUUGUGGGGCGCUGCACAGAGGACAUGACGGCUGAGGAGCUGCAGCAGUUCUUCUGCCAGUACGGAGAGGUGGUGGACGUCUUCAUCCCCAAACCAUUCAGGGCUUUCGCCUUCGUUACUUUCGCAGAUGAUCAGGUGGCCCAGUCUCUCUGCGGCGAGGACCUGAUCAUUAAAGGCAUCAGCGUGCAUAUCUCCAAUGCAGAACCUAAGCACAAUAGCAGUAGACAGUUAGAAAGAAGUGGAAGAUUUGGUGGUAAUCCAGGUGGCUUUGGGAAUCAGGGCGGGUUUGGGAACAGUAGAGGGGGUGGAGCUGGCUUGGGAAAUAAUCAGGGUAGCAAUAUGGGGGGAGGGAUGAACUUCGGUGCUUUCAGCAUUAACCCAGCCAUGAUGGCUGCCGCCCAAGCAGCCCUGCAGAGCAGUUGGGGUAUGAUGGGCAUGCUAGCCAGUCAGCAGAACCAGUCAGGCCCGUCAGGCAAUAACCAAAGCCAGGGAAACAUGCAGAGAGAGCCAAACCAGGCUUUUGGUUCUGGGAAUAACUCUUACAGUGGGUCUAAUUCUGGUGCGGCCAUUGGUUGGGGCUCAGCCUCGAAUGCCGGCUCAGGCAGUGGGUUCAAUGGGGGGUUCGGCUCAAGCAUGGAUUCCAAAUCUUCUGGCUGGGGAAUGUAGAUGGUGGGUUGUGGGUGGUUGGGUGGUUGGUUGGUUGGUUGGUAGGUUGGUAUGGAAUGGUGGGAAUUCAAUUUUUUCUAAACUCAUGGUAAGUAUAUUGUAAAAUACGUAUGUACUAAGGAAUUUUCCAAAUUGGUUUGUUCAGUGUGGAGUAUAUUCAGCAGUAUUUUUGACAUUUUUCUUUAGAAAAAGGAAGAGCUAAAGGAAUUUUACACGUUUGUUACAUAAAAGGUUGAAAUAUUGAGUGGCUGAAAGGGAGCUGCUGUUUGCCUGAAUGGUAAACCAACACUACAAUUGAUUAGCAAAAGGUUUCUCCUGUACUCGUUUAUCCCUGGACUUGUUAAGAGAAUUCUUUGCAUGUUCAAAGUGGAAACCAUUGGUUAGAACUGCAUCUUUUUCUCCUUGUUUUAAUUUGAACCCCACCACACGGGCUUUCCCCGGGACCUCUCCUGGGAGGUGACGAUGGUGUCUCGCGGUGUUUGGUUCUUUUUGGUUUUGGUUUUAACGCUUGUCUCCCUCACAUGCACAAGUACAAUAUGAAGCCUUCAUUUAAUCUCUGCAGUUCAUCUCAUUUCAAAUGUUUAUGGAAGAAGCACUUCAUUGAAAGUAGUGCUGUAAAUAUUCUGCCAUAGGAAUGCUUCUGUCUACAUGCUUUCUCAUCCAAGAGUUCGCCAUCACCCUGCACAGGCUGCGUCUUUGACGGUGGGUGUCCCAUUUUUAUCCGCUACUCUUUAUGUCAUGGAGUCGUAUCAACGCUCUGAACGCAAGGCUGUGAGAUGGAACCAGAAGGCUGUUUGAACUUUUGAAACCUUGUGUGGGAUUGAUGAUGGUGCCGAGGCAUGAAAGGCUAGUAUGAGCGAGAAAAGGAGAGCGCGUGCAGAGACUUGGUGGUGCAUAAUGGAUAUUUUUUAACUUGGCGAGAUGUGUCUCUCGAUCCUGUGGGCUUUGGUGAGAGUGUGCAGAGAGCAUUGCUAGCAAAUAACGUACGAAUGUUUUUGCAUUCAAAGGACAUCCACAUCUGUGGGAAGACUUUGAGUUUUGUUCUUAGAUAACCCCCUUAGCUGAAUGUGUUAGUGAAAUGACACUUGUACCUCCCUCCCCCCUCGUCCACUGCUGUGAAUGCUGUAUGGUGUGUGUUCUCCUCUGUUACCGAUCUGCAAGUGUGGGAACGUGAACUGAAGCUGGUGGGCUGAGAACAUGGACUGAGCUUGUGGUGUGCUUUGCGGGAGUACUUGGAAGCAGAGUUCGCCAGCGAGCCCAGGUGUCUCGCGGGUGCCAGCUCUCUGUCUGUUAGCUCCCCAGAAGAAUGCUGUUUGCUGCAGUUCUGUGUCCUGUGCUUGGAUGCUUUUUAUAAGAGUUGUCAAUGUUGGAAAUUCUUAAAUAAAACUGAUUUAAAUAAUA